AUGUCUUCUAUAAGAAGAAUUGAUGCAUGGAGUAACGACUCCUUGGAGUACUUUUUAUCUGUUGGUUUUAGUUGCGACGAGAUCUCUCUCUUCCAGUCUAACUAUUACAAUGAGAAUGUUUUUGAGGAAUUGGAAAGAGUUAAUAGGAAAAAGAUACCCUCUAUAUCGUGCUUUGAUGGGUCUAGCCAGUUUGGCACAGUUGGAACUGGGCAUAAUAAUGGAACAGUCAAAGUGUUCAGUAUGACUUCUAAUUAUGAAGAUACAUCAUUUAAUCAGAAUAUUCCUAGGACGUGUAAUUCGAUCUCAUUUAAUACAAAUAAUAAUAUUGCUAUAGCUUUAGAUAAAACCCGAAGUAAUCCCAGUUUAUUGGUAUACGAUAUUAAGGAUAAUAAAAAAAGCGUUUAUAAUAAUCUUAUCAACGAUGGGGUUUUAUCAGUGAAAUUUCUCAAUAAGAUUCCUAAUAGAUUGCUAACUGGAACACAUAACAAGUUAUUUCAAUACGACAUAAGGACACCAAGUUAUAGCAAGCCGACAUUUGAGAUUCGAACGAAAUAUACUAAUGAUAUAACAUUUGAUCCAUUGAUUCCUUACCUUUUUAGCACAUCAUCGGAGGAUGGGCUUGCAAUUUGGGAUACAAGAAAGAUUACAGGGUUGGUUGAAUUGAAUCCGAGUUUGAAUUCGAAUUUGAAUUCCCAUCUGAAUUCCAAUAAUAGUUAUGGUUAUAGUCAUAAUCAUAAUCAUAAUCAUAAUCAUAAUCAUAACGGCAAUUCAACACAACUUUCUAAUGGUGAUGCGAAUUCUGGUAUAAAUGCAAAUGGCAAUUCGAAUUCGAUUAAUGCAAAUUUGAGUUUUUUCCAUGAGAAAGUCCAUGUUUCGAAUACUUCAUCGUCUACGAUAGUUGAUUCUAAUUCUGGCAAUCAAAUUUUAAAGCUUGAUUUUUCCGGUAUGAAUGUGGAUAAACAACAGAGUUUUUGCUUUAGAUAUUCGUCUACUAAUAAGCUUGAAGUUUCGAGUUUAUAUCAUAAAUUUGAUUCUGGAAAUCAGAAAAAGAGUACAAUACGGCGAUAUUUUCUUUCAUUUGCAUCGGGUGAAGAUAAGACAGGCAAAUUGAAGAUAGAUAAGGGUGUUGAUGGCGAUAAGAGCAAGAAAAAAAUGAUUAAUAUUGAAAAGUUGUAUGUUAAUAAGGUGUAUGAUGUGAAUGAUAGGAAUGAGUUGGGGAAUUUUAUAUCGUUUGAUUAUGCUAGGAAUGGGAAUUAUUACAAUUCUACAAGCGUUGUUUGUUUGAAGAGAUCUGGAAAUGCAAUUCGGUAUUCGUUGGUUGAAGGGCAAGAUUUUUGCAAGUUUUCAGUUCGAAAUGAUAUAAUCACGUCGGGGCCAUAUGGAUUGUUUGUUUCUAAGAUUAUUGAGAGAAAUAAUAAUUAUUACCAGAGUAUAGUGAUUGGAAACGAGAAACGGAAGAAGAAGAAUUCGGGUGAAGCGAUAUUGAACAAAUUGAGAAAUCUGGGAGGCUUGAGUGAGUUGGAGGAAAUGAAGAAGAUGAAGAAGUUUGAGAACUAUAAUAUGGUUGAAAAUGAGCCAAAUCGAGAGAAUUUCAGUGUUGGAUCCAAUGAUAUGAUGAAUUCGCCAUUAUCACCAAGGGUCAAAGAAGAGACUAUAUUUCGGGAGGAAUCAUCUAGGAGCCAUAGUAGUGUGUUGGAAAAGGAUUCAUCAGUUACGAUCCGAGUGCUUGCCGAGGCUGGAUACCAGCUUGAUUUUGAAAUGAACCAGGAUAUUAUCCGGAGUAUUAAUUACGGGUCAGGGUCUGAACGAGUGUCGGAAGGAACUGUGAACGAGUUGGAAGUUGUAUGGAAAUGGUUCCAUUACUGUGAAAGAAACCGAGAACUUUUCAGCUACAAAGGGUAUGAUUUAAGCUUUUUGGGAGUACGAGAUAUCUGGGAGGGAAUUGAUGAUACGUACGGGUACAAGUACCAGCGGUUAUUGAAAAACAAGAGAUUCAACGGGACGUUCUUCUCGAAUGUGAAUCCGGAGAGUUAUUUGGAUGCGAUCAAGGGGAUAUUGAUCAAGAUUGAUAAUUUGAACAAGAACAUCUCGUCAAUAGAGAACAAGAACAAGAAGUUGCAAAGAAAGUUGUGCUUGUAUCUAUUGGAUGCGUAUGAUAGCAACCAGGAAUUUGUGCAAAAGGUUGAAAAGUUGAAGAACAACGAAGAGUGGGCAAAGGCAGCGGGAAGAGCAGUGUUUCGCGAUGACAUUGAAUCAGCCAUCCACAUAUUGAGGUCGUCGCAAAUACAAGAGUACAAGAUAUUGGCAGCGGCAAUCUCAGCGUACUUUUCGUUCAACAAUGGAGUGGAGUUGGCAGAGACCAACACCGAGUGGAAAAACCAGUGUCGAAAGUUGGCUACAGAGUUGGACGAUCCAUACUUGCGAGGAAUAUUUGCGUACAUUGCUGACAGAGACUGGUCGCAGGUUCUCGACGAGCCCUCGUUGCCGUUGAAGGAAAAGUUGAGGAUUGCAUUCAGGUUUUUAAAUGGGAAGCAAUUGAGCACGUAUCUCGAGACGAUGAGCAAGGAGAUGAGCAAGAUGGGGAAGUUGGAAGGGUUGUUGUUGUGUGGGUUGACGAUAGAUGGGAUCAGUCUCUUGCAGAACUACAUUGAUUCGAGCAACGACCUCCAGACUGCAGUGCUUCUCAGCAGCUACGGGGUGCCCAGGUACUUUGAGGACGAGCGAGUGGGAUACUGGGUGGAGUGCUAUGUGCAGUACUUGAACCGGUUGAGGCAGUACAAGUUGAGGGCCAAGUUCGACAUCAAGCGAAGGCAGUUGAGUGUGGACAGCGUGAGUGGCGAGGCCAAGGUGGUUAUCAGACCCAGGCAGUUGUUCCUCCAGUGCUUGAAGUGCAACAAGAGCGUGUUCGACAGCACGCUGGGUCUGCGUGAGAAGCAGGGCAAGCAGAGCAAGACGCAGGGCCACUACAAGUUUGCGACCCAGCGGCACGGGCCCAGCGGCGGCAGCGCAGAGAGGAUUCUGUGCUCCAACUGCAACGCGCCCUUGCCGAAGUGCGGCAUCUGCCUCCUCCCCCUCGGCUCGCUGGCGACAGACCACCGCCAGUGGGCUACCAUCUGCUUGAGCUGCCACCACGGUAUGCACUGCAGCCACGCCGAAGAGUGGUUUGCAAGCCAUGUCGUGUGCCCUGUCGCCAACUGCAGUUGCUGCUGCAAGUUCCGCAGCACGGCUCAGCCAUGA